UUAGCACCUGUUAUGGGCAGCCAAUCUUCAUCGAGUUCUUGGGCUCAAUAUCCACUUGUAUGGAGCUCAGUUUCAUAUUUAAGUCUUUACUGAAUGGACCUUGUACGCAUAUACAUCACUUCGGUUGUCCAGAUUCGAACAGAUUCAUCUUUCCCAAGCUUUUUAAUGGAACCUGUCCAGCAUGAUUUCCUCAAACUUUUUACAAUGUGUAGCUGAAAAUAUUUUCCCGUAGAUUCUGGUACACCUGAGAUUGCUCAGUACAUCUUGAUCUUCCUAGAUUACAAUGAUCUAAAAAAUGCAGAAAGAGUUUGUAAAUUAUGGUACCAUGUGAUUAGAGACGGAAAAAUUUGGAAGCGUUGUCUGGAAAAGAUGCUUUACAAUCCUACUUUAUGGAAUAUAUACCGUCGCUGUGAUGCACUUCCUAGUAAGCCUCAUCCCAUGGCCAUUCAAAUCAGAGACCUACAGUUUUUCAAAAUGGCCUGUCAUACUGUAAUGCGUUAUCACCAGCGGCUCCUCUACAACUGGAUGACGGGUGCGCAACAAGAAGAGUCUCAUCAAAUUGAUGUUUGUGGAACAUCGGUUUCUUUCGAUAUGAAUUCACGAUACCUUGUAAUAGGCCAGGUUGAUGGGCAAAUACUUGUUCGAAUAAGGGAAGAUGUGGCAUUGGAAUCACAGAGUCAUGAAAUGCCGGAGCUAAAAUUGGAAGGAUUGCAAUCGGGAAUUCGUUGCGUUCGGUUGAACGAGGAGAACAUUCUAGUCUGUGGAGGAGCUCAAGGUGUAGUUCAAAUUUGGGACGUCUCCUUGAGAAAACUUAUUAAGCGGUUUACUGAAAAACAAGCCGACAGUAUAGAACACGUGCAAUUUUAUAACAAAAUCUUAAUAACAGGUUCCAGUAUGCAGGAAUCCGAUCAGGGCCGCGUGACCAUCUGGAACAUGGGAAACUUACCCCAAAUAUUAUUAAAAGGAGAAAUUUUAUUCCCAUCGCAAAAAAUUUUUGGUUUAGCAUUGGAUGACAAACAUAUCAUUGUCCUAGUUGGCAAAGCACCACUUUUUGAAAUCCAAAUCAGACUCACACGUGAUCCCUUGAUUCUUUUACAUUCGAUGCACUAUCCUUCACACACAUUCAGUGGAUUUCACUGUCAUGUCGGGUUUGUUGCCGCAGGUUCAGAUGAUGGGAAAAUAAGAAUAUGGGAUGUUGGAACAGGAAAGUGCAAGCGAAUUUUACUACGACCGUCUCAUGAUACUGGCCCAUUCUGGUUGAGGUUCAAUUCUAAGUUUUUGGUCACAAAUAGUUCAAGAGGAAUUGGCAUAUGGAAUUUUAAAGAAGCCGUCAAUCCGUUUAUACAUCCUUGUGUGAGGCUCCACUGCUGUUCCUUCCGGGCCUGCUCAAGUUCGCAGUCAGAUCAGUGGCAUUUCCAGAUGGACGCUUUUGAGAUUGUUAGAUUUGAGCAUCAACUUGAUGCCGGAAUGUUACCCGACCUUCCAGGUAUAUAUAGAGGGAAAAGCUUCAUCAUUCGACACCAGUUUCUCACCCAAUAGUUCUACUGUGACAAUUCUCCUAUUUAGUAGAUCCCUGUUUAAGAAAUUUUUUGAAUUUUUCUCAAAAGACUAUGGCUUAACAUUUGCAUUGCAUGUGGGUAUCAGUCUUAUUAAAGUUGACUCAUUGUAGUAAUGGUACUAUAUUCCUUAGUUUGCAUUCCGUUAGGAGGUUAAAUACACUCGAUUAAGUGCCAA